AUGGAAACCCGAGUUGGGGAAACAGAGCAAGGGAAAUCACUGAGAGACUUCCUUUCGAUGGAGUUAUACAUUUUGAUGCAGUUGGGUAUGUUGGUGGAAUUUGGGUGCUGUGGAAUUCAGACAGAUCCUAGGUGUGCUAAAAGGCACAUUUUGUGGAAUAACCUCAUGAAAGUUGCAGACCUUCAUAAUAUGCCUUGGGUUAUAGCAGGGGAUUUUAAUGAACCUUUGGUAAAUGAUGAUAAAUUUGGGGGUAGAGAGGUGAGUGUGAACAAGUCUCUUUUGUUCAAGGAGUGUUUAGAUAAAUGCAAUAUGAUAGAUAUCAGUUUUGCAGGGCCUCGUUACACUUGGACCAAUAGAAGGGAAAUUCAAGCGUUAAUUUUGGAAAGGAUAGAUAGGUUCUUUGUGAAUCCUAAGUGGUGCUUGCUUUACCUGGAUGCAAAAAUUACCCACUUACCUAAGUAUCAUUCUGAUCACUACCCUGUUUUGUUAGAGAUGCAACCAGGUUUAAGCGGUGGGAAGAAAAGGCUUUUUAGGUUCCAAAUGUGCUGGAUGUUAGACCCUACUUUCCCGGAUAUUGUUUCUCAAGCGUGGGGAGGUGCAAAUAAUCUAGUGGAGGCCGUUGAUAGCUUCACUAGGAAUGUGGUGGCUUGGAAUAAAAAUCAAUUCAAGAAUAUUUUUACAAGGAAGAAAUUCUGA